UGGUUCAGUCCAAUCAAUCAGAUUUCACCAGGUAGUCUCAGGUAAUAUCAAUCUCAGUAGUUCAUACUUAAUAUAUUUCUAUGUACAUCUGUUGACAAUUGUUGGGGAUCUUGUACUUAUAUUGUUAAAUCCGUGAAAUUGAUGUAAACUGAAGAAUAUCUCAGGAUUUAUCAAUAUUCUUAAAAGAAAAUAAAAAAAAAGAAAUAAACAGGAUUAACAUUAUUUCUGCUGCAGAAAAAAAAAUUGUUAUGUGAAGUUUUAACUGAAAAGUGAUUUUAUUUCAGAAAUUUUUGCUGGAUUUACAGGUUUCAGAAACUUAAAAAAUUAGAAAAAAGUUUAUUCAGAGAAGAUUUUGGAAUAUAAACAAGGAAAAGUUAUUAAAGAUAAAUAUAUACUCCAGGAGAAUUAACAAAGAAAUAUUGUCUUGGAAGAAUUGUGGAGUAUAUUUAAAUCAGAUGUGACUUCUAAAGGAAUAGCAAGUGAUUCAAAUUUCAUUUUAAAAUGAGGAUUUAAAUAAGAUUAGCAGAUUUACAUAUGGAUAUAAUAUAUGAAGUGAAAGUUUUAUAAUGUAAAGGAUGUUAUAGAUAUUUUUUGUUGGAGAUAUAUGUUAUUUGUUAGAUUUCUUCUUCUGAGAUUUGAAAAGCUAGGAAGCUUUCGCGUCCAAUGAACCUUACUUAGCCAGGAACCGACGGCAAUGUCAUGUGGAUUAGCAUCUUACGAUUGUUGCUUCUACUUCUGCACAUUUUGGAAGUCGUGAUAGGAGCAUCAUGGGAACAGCGGCCAACAGAUGUCUCUGCAGCAGUAGGUAGUACUGUCACAUUAACGUGUAAAGUUACGGGUGAUCCUGGUUUUGUAACCUGGAAUAAAAAUGGUAACACACUUGCAGUGGGAACCAGUAUAGUAUCAGGAGAUAAAUCUCGGAUAACUAUACCAGUAGCUUCUAAAUUUAACCUGCAGAUUAGUGAUGUGCAAAAAAGUGACGAUGAUGAUUAUACGUGUAACAUACAAAAUAUACAGCCAGACUCGCAGAAAGCUGUGACUGUUCACCUGACUGUUUUAGUGAUUCCUGGCCCACCAAGUAUUCAAAUCAAUGACACUCGACCACAAAAAGUGGAAAAUGAUGUUGUAUCAUUGACAUGUUCCUCAUCGGGAGGCAAUCCACCUCCUGAAUUUACAUGGACCAAAAAUGGAUUAGUGCUCAAUUCAAAUAAAGUAGAAACAAAAGUCCCAAAAGGAUUAUCGUCUAGUCAAUUAACUGUUCAUUUGGAUUAUAGUGAUCAUUUAGCAUCUUAUUCAUGUAGUGUCAAAAACUCUGUCAAUCAGGAUAAUCCGUUUUCCACAUCAACACAAAUUUCGGUGCUUUAUCAUCCCAGAAUAACAUUUAAACCAUAUAAAGAAUUAUCACUAGAGUUAGGAAGUGCAGGAUCGUUAGAAUGUAAUGUCAGUGCAAACCCACCAGUCACUUCUAUAUCAUGGACCAAAGAUGGACAACCUCUUCAAACCACAGAUUCCCGCAUAGAUUUUUCACCAGCCAGUAAAACUGACAGUGGAUCAUACUCAUGUUCAUGUUCAAAUUCAAUAAAUGGUGUAACUAAACCAGCCUCAGACACAGCAACAGUUAGUGUUUUAUAUCCUCCUGUUGUUACAAUACCAGAAGUUUACGAAGUCAAUGGAUCAGCAACUUUAGAUAUCACAUGUAAUGUUGAUGCCUAUCCCGCUCCCUUUUAUACAAGAUGGCAGAAGACCGACAACAGCAUUCAAUCAAAUAAUGACCGGUUAACAAUUGAUAAUAUCAAACGUUCACACAAGGGCAACUACUCAUGUAUCUCCAAGAAUGCUAUGAGACCAUCGGGACAAGAUGAACGUAUUGAAGAAAGGAUUAAAUAUACAUAUCUCUAUGUUAGAUAUUCCCCUGGAAGUUCUAAUAUUGCUCCAGUAUCACCUGUUUUUGUAGGAAAUUCUCUCACUCUUUCGUGUUCAGUUAGUGAUCCAGGCUAUCCAGCACCAACAUAUGAAUGGAGAAAAAUUGAAACCAACCAGUUAUUAGCAACAGAAACCUCAAGACUUGUAAUUAAUGGAGUUACGUUACAAGAUAAUGGGAAUUACUCCUGUACACCUAAAAAUAUGAUGGGGAUGGGAGGCAUAAGUACAGUCCAUGUAGUUGUCAAUGAGAAACCAACAUAUGUUGGUGUUCAUAAAGACAAAGAUACUAUAUACAACAACAGAACAGGUUAUUGGUUACAGUGUAAAGUUCGUGGACGUCCAGAACCAUUGAUUCAGUGGUAUAAAAAUGGCAAACCUUUGGAUACAUCGGGGAAAUUAUACAGAUUAACCACAACUGUUCUACCUAUCGACACAUUCAGCUUCCUUGUCACUAGUCAAGUUUAUUUACAAGGAAGUGAUCGUGUUGGCACAACAACUCCACAGAUCUCAGAUGUGGCUAGUUAUACUUGUAAAGAAACCACAUCAAACAUUAAUCAUACCACACAACUAUUUAUAUACUUUCCACCAACCAUAACUCCAGAUGAGAAGGAAGCUUCCAUUGCUGGUGGUACAGCUCAGUUAAAAUGUAUUGGAGAAGGCUAUCCUGUACCAAACUUUGUGUGGAAGAGGAGUAAUGCUGUGAUUAGUUCUGGAGGGAGACUUACAAUUCAUCAAAUCAAAGUUAUCAGUGUAACUAGAUCUGAAAGUAUUCUACAGAUAGAUAGAAUAGUUGGUCAAGAUUUCGGACCUUAUACUUGUGAGAUGUCAAAUCAGUUUGGAAAAACAACUAAAACCAUAACUUUAACAGUCAAAAGUAAACCAGAAGCACCUACAGGAUUGUCAAGUCCAAAAAGGUCAUGGGACAAAGUGACAUUACGAUGGACUCCUGGUUUUAAUGGAGGGUCGUACCAAGCAUUUGUUGUAAAGUACAAAAGUAAUCCUCCUAAUGCAGGGGACCAAUCAAUUAGAGUUAUGCCUGACAAUGCUACAGAAUUUACUGUUUCCAAUCUGUUACCCAGUAUUGCCUAUGUUUUCCAAGUUUGUGGAUAUAAUGAGUUAGGAGAAGGUGACUUAUCAGAUUCUAUCACAAUUACAACUAAUGGCUAUACAUUCCCAUUUAUUAAAGAGACACCAGAGUUUUCUGGCGACAACAAAGAAUUAAUCUUGAAUCUCGAUGUAAACAGCACUUUCUGUGUGAAGGUCAAGGUCAGCACCAAUGGUGGACAGUCAUGGCAGACCUUCACCAAUAAUGACCUAGAAUGUUUUGAUGCCAAUGUUGCUAAGAUGAUCAUUACAACCAAUGGAGUAGACAGAAUGAACGUGUCCCUUUGUCUUGUAGAGCGUAUGGAUGUCUGUGGCCUUCCUGUUUCUGUUAGAAUUAGUUCCAGUAGUACUCCAGAUUUGACUGAAACCGAAGUGAUUAUCAUUGGGUGUGUGUGUGCAGCUAUAUUGGUAGCACUUUUAACUGUACUAGUGUGUAUUAUUUGUCGAAGAAGAAAAUUAGCCAAACAGUUACCUCCACAAACGCGACACUCGGUGCGAUUUGCAACCAACGACAAAUACCAGACUGUAGCUUUUGAGUAUCUAAGAUCAACAAAUCUAGCAGCAAACGGACAUGCCAUUCCUCCCCAGAAACCACCUCGAGGUUAUGAAAACACAGGUAUACAAGGAUUAGAUUUAGUUCAAACUCAUGGAGCGCAUGCUGGUGUUUCGUAUAUUAAUCCAUCUUAUUCUCAUGACGAUUAUUCUGAAAUGAACAGAAAUGGUUACCCACCUUUCCCACGACAUAAUGGGAAUGUCCCAAUCGAUCAUGAUUCGUCUUAUGAUCCAGAAUAUGAAAAUGAAAUGAAUAGGCUCAAUGCCAAUAAGUCCAAUUAUUUUAAUGAAAAGCAAGCAGACAUUUCAUUUACUGGUUCACCAAGAUCACCAAUUAAAGAAAAACAAUAUAUAGAUAUGUCUUCAGAACAUAGAAAAGGAGAUUUAAUCAAUGGACAAGAAAGUGGAUAUAAUACUCCUGAUAACCCAAAACCACCAAAAAAGGUUAUUUAUGAAGUUGUUGUAUAAAUUGUCUCCCUUGACUGAUGUUGUUCGUUUUAUGCAACACUUCAACAUGUCUUCUUCAGAUGUUUUCAUCCAUGACCUUUUAACCUUUGUGCUUUAUAUUUUCGGUUAUUUCUAGGCAUGGAUUUGUGUGCUAAUAUCCGUAACUUUUAUGGAUAGAAAAACCAUUUCUGUAAUGUUGUGAUUGCCGAUUUAACUGUUGUUUGCACAAUUGACUGGUCAAUUUCCAUACUUGCUAAUGGAAAAGAUGGAAAGAAAAAUGGAUGAGAAAUGGUUCAAGUAAGAAAAUGCACAUUGCAUGAAUGUGUUGUUACUCUUCCUGAAGAAGUGCAAUGGAUGACUGAAUUAAGCUUUUAAAAAGUGCAAUUAAAAUACAAUAAUAGGGAGAAAUGGUGAUCUCCUGAAGGAAAAAUACAUUGAUACGCAAUAACUUCCUACAUUAUGGAGAAAACAAAUAUGCAUACUUUUCAGGUGAAAAAAACUUCAUUACAUGAUUGCCUCAUUUGCCAUUUUCAUCAUAUGACUUCAUUUGUAUACAUCAUGAAUCAUGUGACUUAUGCAUAGAACUAUUCUGCACAAAAUGAAUCCAAAGGAUUGUAUUGGUGCUUUUGUAUAUGGAGAUUAUAAAUGCAGUGGAUGAAAAUGUAAGAGGUCUGUUGCUGUAUGAAUAUUUUCUGGUGCUUAGCAUAAAUAAUGACGAAACAUUUUAGUUUUUUAGUUUAUUUGGAAUGUUUUUGUACUUCAGCAUCUGUCUCUUAUAAAAACUAUUUGGCUUUUCUUUUUAAACUUAAUAGUUUUGCAUAAUGGCUUAAAAUGUUUAAAUGUUCUAUAGUCAUAAAGUAGUAUUUUUUGCUCACAUUCAAGCAUAAUUUUGACAUUUUUUGGCAGGGAUUAUCAGUUAAACCAAUUUAAAAAAAAAAAAUUUGUUGCGAUUAUCUCGCACGAUUAUCUCACACUUUUGAAAUAUUUCAAUGAUUUCUUUACUUAUGUUCCAAUAAGGGUUUUAAAUAAAUUAUUAAUGACCAUUUAUAUCAAAAUGUUUGUAUAAACAAACGUCCAUUUUUUCAUCAAGAUCAAAAUAUUUUUAUGACUUGUUGUUGUCUGUAUGUAAUAUGUGGUUAUGAAUGAAUGAAUGGAUGAAUGAAUGUAGAGUUUUGAUCAGAAAGGGCUUUAAAAGCAUGAGAAACAAUUAUGCAUGUAUGUGAACUAGAUUAUUUUUGAUAAAACAAUGUUGAAAACACAAGUCCCAAAAAGAAAAAUAUUUUGAAUAUAAACUUUCUACUGAUAAGAUCUACAACUUUUUAUCCCAAUCUAGUUAUUUGGGAAGAAAACUAUGUAAUGUUCCUUUUGUCAAUGGACCAAGUAGAAAAAAAUUAGUUGUUGCCCUUAGUUAUUUGGAAAGGGAGAUAAAUAAAUGAUUAUAAAAUCUUUACUUUGAAGAAUGAUGAACAUUUAAAAGUUACAUCCCUUUAUCUUGUCCAUUAGGGGAGAUAGUAAAUAGCCUCCUUACAGUUCUAAUUGCAAAAAAUGAAAAAUUUCAACUUGGAAAGUCGCUUCAAAAAGCAACAGACAUGUGAUUCAUAUAUCUUCUGUUUUCUAAAACAUUUAUCCAUACCCAUCAGAAACAUACUUUUGGAUUUAUCUCCCUUUCAAUGUUCACGUAACUUCCAAACAAAAAAGGUUUAAGACAUGAAUUACUUGCAGCAAACUGUAAUUGAUGUGUUUUUAACUCAAUUCAAAAGGCAUUUAUUAUAGAGUAAAUGUAUGAGUUGAAUAUGUGCGAGAUAAAUGCCAUAUUGUAUAAAUGAUUGUUAAUUUAAUUAGAAUAAUGAUAAAUAGUUAGAGUAAUUAGCAAAUAUCAAAAUAAGUUAUUUUUCCCAACUUAACUAUAACUAAGUAUUAACCCUGAUAUUGUAAAAGGAAAGAUACUAUAAAAUCUUAAACAGCUAAAGAAUCUAGUUUAUAAACUAAUAUUUAUUUCGAAUAUUUUGUUAACAAAACAUAAUGUGAAUUAAAGUUUUAAUUAAUUUAAUUGUAAUUUAAUAAAGUUGGUAUGUUAAGAUUUUUAUUUAUGAAAUAUUCGUUCAAUUUUUACCAGUUUUAAAUGUUAACAAUGUUUUAUUAAGGUUAAAUUUCGUGUUCUUAAUUACAAUUGUUACUUUGUUCCCAAUUGUUUUGGAAAGAAGUAUUUGGAUCAUCACAUAAAGUGCAUGAGUUUUAUAUAUUGUAUUAUGUAGCAUAUGUAUUAUAAAUUUUUAUAUGAAACAUUUGUUGAGAAAAAAAUAAAGAUAUAUAUAUUACUA